AGGCAGGCUUGUGCUUGUUUGUGACCACUACAACAGGGCACAAGUAUGAAGGAGUGAGAUUUGAAAAGGGAAACUGCGGAGUCAGCAUAAUGAGAAGCGGCGAGGCAAUGGAACAAGGUUUACGAGACUGCUGUAGAUCAAUCCGCAUAGGAAAAAUCCUGAUACAGAGCGACGAGGAGACUCAAAGAGCGAAAGUGUACUAUGCUAAGUUUCCACCAGACAUUUACAGGAGAAAAGUUCUUCUUAUGUACCCAAUACUAAGUACUGGUAAUACUGUCAUUGAGGCUGUCAAAGUUCUUGCAGAACAUGGCGUACAACCAAGUGUCAUUAUCCUGCUAAGCCUAUUCUCCACACCACACGGUGCCAAAUCGAUCAUCCAGGAAUUCCCAGAGAUCACCAUUUUAACUGCAGAAGUUCAUCCUGUUGCACCAACACACUUUGGACAGAAGUAUUUUGGAACAGACUGACACACUUGGAACAAACGGAUAUUACUAUAUGAGGGUUUUUUCUACAUUUUAUUAUUGUUGAGUUGGUUGAGGGCAUGUUUAAAAAUCUUUUUGGCCAAAGGGGAAAUACUUGACUUAGAUUAGAUCUGGUCAGUUACUGCCUGAACACUGAAUCGGGUACAGUAACAAAGCAGUCUGUCGUUACAAAGUCAAGCAUCUCAAUAUUGGGUUGUAUAAAUUGCUACACUCUGUUUUAACUUAUUUAUUCUUCUAUAGCCUGAAUUUUUGGGGUGCAACUGGAUUUACAGCACCUAACUGACACUAAACAUCAUGAGAGAAAUCUUUUGGGCCUUUUCCACAAUGCAUCAUAGAGAUCUAUCCUCUAGAUUGCACCAGUGAAAGUGGAAAUGGAUUUUACCCCUUAAAGAGCUAUUCGCAUGUUAAAAAAAAUCUACCACACACUCAGCUGAAUACUUCAUCUCUUUUGUUACCUGCAGCAGUGACUACAGCCAGCCUGAGGAAUUUCUGUUUUCCAGUGCAUUUACCUAGCCUAUUUGACAGAACUUUACACAUCCUGCAUUUAUCA